CACAAUCUAUCAUGUCGUCUAACCCAGCACUCCACGAUAUCGACCCUUCCAAGAUCGUUCGAGUGACCUCAGCUGAACACGACGAGUUCAUUCGCUCUCUCACGUUCUCGAAGUCUGAUCUCAAGAAGUCGCGAAACAUGAUGGAGGCACUAUGCACUAACUGCUUGAAACUCGAGACAGACCUAGAGAAAGGACAGGUUAUGAAGAAAUGCGCUAGAUGCAAAGGAACCUGGUACUGCUCUAGAGAAUGUCAAGUAAACCAUUGGCCCACGCACAAGCCGAACUGUCAUAAGGUCGAGGGUACCGGAAUUCAUCAACAUGUCGAAACAUUUAUCGGUAACCCGUACCUCCUUGCAUCUCUCGAGCUCUACGCUGUCCUCGCGUUCGACUUGCUCAAGAAGCCCCGCAUCGAUACUCCUAUCAUGCUUCACGUCGAACUCGGCAUCGAACCGUCUGAUAUCCGCCAAUUCCUCGCUAUCAUGCAGUCGAUGCCCGAGGAGUCAAAGACGAUAGAGGGUAUGGUGCAGAUCAACAUGAUCCAAAAAGUCCCGGAGGACACCGUUUUGACGGAGAUGAGAAUGCACACUUGGCGUUCAAGCCGUGCGAAGUACCCGAAGGGGACUCAACUCGUCUUGGUGGAGUUUGAACGCAGCGGUCAAUCAUUUUCGUGGACGUGUGCCUUUCCAAUCACGAAUCGCGCUUUUGAGACCGCUCGCAAGGCGCAGCCAUACGAGAUUGUGUCCGCUAUUCACGGUCGGCGUGAGGUACCUAUGAACGAGCCGAACACCAUCGAGACCAUGAACAGUCUCAUCCGUGGAGAUCGCGACAACCGCUUUAAGUUGCGACCGGUCAUGACCAGGUUCGAUAUGGAGGCGAUACAUAGUCUCGUCGAUAGUGACAAUAAGUCACUCGCUGUGGAAAUGUUGAGGGUAAAGAUUAAUAGGGAAGGGAUAUAUCAGCCCAUUCGUGCGCUCCUUUCUUCAGGGCCUUCUACGUAGCUCCGUGUCAGACCGCUUCAUAACUUGAAGUUAUCAUGUCCAUGCUCUAACCAUGCGACUGUGUGGCUGCUUCGGUAUUAUUUACACAGUGUCAAUACUCAAUUGCUACCAUACAAGCCUUGUCCGUGAGCUAUGGCCACUUAUUCUACGAUGAAUUUU